UAUAUGUUCUCCAGACAUAGCAGCGACGUGUCUCAGCAGCUUCGCCCUGAUUGGACGCUCCUGUGGCGGCUGCGUGUGAAAUUUUUUGCCGCUGAGCUUUUCCACCUAGCCGAAAUUAGCCACGUUUGAUUCGGCUACAGGGGCAGCUAUACCAAGCUGUGUCUAGACACCGACUUUUAGGCAUGGGUUACUGAAAUCAACGUUAACAUACGGUAUUUUAUUUUAUAAAGAGCGUUUACAAUGGCUUGUGUCGCGGUGCUGAGCCGGUUUGUGUUGCUGGCCGCCGGCCUUGUGUUCGUCCUCCCCGGGCUGGGAGCAGCAUGGGACGCGGAUUUAGAGCUGUUCGACUUGGUGGAGGAAAUCCCACAGACAUUUUACGAGUUCCUGUCUGUUAACCAGGAUGCUCCAUCCUCCGAGAUCAGAAAGGCAUACAGGAGGCUUUCUCUCAUCCUUCACCCUGAUAAAAACAAAGAUGAGAAUGCUGAAACUCAAUUUCGUCAGCUUGUUGCCAUUUAUGAAGUUCUUAAAGAUGAGGAAAGGAGAAAAAGGUACGACGACAUCCUGGUUAAUGGGCUUCCUGACUGGAGACAGCCCGUGUUCUACUACCGCCGUGUCAGGAAGAUGAGCAACGGCGAGCUGGGCUUCCUCCUCUUCCUCAUCCUCACUGUGGGCCACUAUGCUGUGAUCUGGUCCAUAUAUUUGGAGAAGCAGUUGGAUGAUCUCCUGAGCAGGAAGAAGAGAGAGAAGAAGAAAAAACAAAGCAGCAAGGUAGUCGAGGAGCAGAAGACCACGGGGCAAGAGAAAAAUGAGAAAUCUGAUAAACCUCACUGGCAUGAUAUUCUGCCACUCAAACUGAGCAUCUGGCUUUACUACUCUCUGAAAUCUCUGCCUCAUGUCAUACAGGACAUGAAGCAGUACUACAAAGACUACAAAGAAAUGAAACUGAAAGAAAAAGAGCAAGCAGAAGCACAAGCAGAGCAAGAAACGCAGCAAAGAGAGAAACGGCCAAAGGUGAAGAAACCCAAAAUGGAGUUUCCAGUUUAUGAGCCCGGUGAGGUGGGGUACAUCCCCAUGUAUGACCAGGGAGCGUCCAUCGAAGACAUCGAGGAUCAAAUGGACGACUGGCUGGAAGAUCGUAAAAUGCAAAAAAAGAAAACUCCGGAGUGGACAGACGAGGACCUCAGUCUGCUGACUCGCUGCAUGGUGAAGUUUCCUGGAGGAACACCAGGGCGGUGGGAGAAGAUCGCUCAUGAGCUGGGCAGAUCGGUCACUGAUGUUACGAUGAAAGUAAAACAAGUUAAAGACAAUGUCUCCAACACAUCAGGGUUGGUGAAGCUCUCGGAGCUGAAGAGUAGUGCCAUGGUAGGAAAGAGUGUGGUCCCAGAUAGCCUCAUGACCCAGCGGGAGGAAAUCGGGCUUCCCGAAGAGCCUUCAGAGCCCGACACAGCCGAGGAAACGGAGAGCAGGACUGUGAGGAGACGAGGCAAAAAAUCCGCAGCAGGGGCUGCUGGGACAGGAAAUGGCGAGGAGAGAGAAAAAGCAAAAGGGCGCAGACAGAGAGACUUUGACCCCACAGCUGUGGAUGAGGACAGCGAAGAGGAGAAAAAGCAGCCGAAAGAAAAGCUGAGCGCUGCUGAUGAGGUCUGGACCCAAAACCAGCAGAAACUGUUAGAGCUGGCGCUGCAGCAGUACCCACGAGGCACCGCCGAACGCUGGGACAAGAUCGCCAAGGUGGUGCCUGGGAAGAGCAAGGAGGAGUGUAUGAUCCGGUACAAGCUGCUCGCUGAGCUGGUGCAGAAAAAGAAACAGGCGAAGAGUUGACAAUUUGAUCCUCUUCUCUGCCUUUUUUUUUUUUUCUCUCUUUAUGUGCCUUAGCUUUGCCAAAGUCCACGCUGUACAUCAACUGGAUCAAGUCUUCACACCUGUUCACAAACACUCAGGUGCUGACACACGAACCUGUCCUGUUGAAAUCAGCAGGCUUCAGUAUUGGACAAACGCAGCCAAGAUCUGUAUUAUGCGAAACUGCACAUGUGCAUAAAUCAGUUUUAUUAUUUAUUAUCUUCCUUUGCUGCCGUGGCCUUUUUGUUUCUCUGUGUAAUUUAAUGCACGUGGAACAGAACCGCUGAGCUUAUGAUGUUCGUUGUUUUUUUUUCUUGAACAUUGUGUCCACCUCGCUUUUCACUCGAAUGUGGCACCAUUUGUUUUUAUCUGUUCAUGAAACAUAAAUCAUUUUAUGCACAACUGA